GGUUGAGCCUUGCCUCAGAUAAACAUCCUGCCCAGAGAAAGACAGAAAAGGGGGGCCCAGUAACAGCCUUGAACCCACUCAGCAGAAAAGAAGCUGCCUAAAGUAGCCUAUCGCUAACUGCCACUUCUCGCCCUUGUAUCCUGCUUGCUUGCUCCGCUUAUGUAUAAAAACCCUAGUGCCUUAGCAGCGGCGCAGCCCUUUGUAGGUGGAGGGUCUGCCCCUGCGCAGGUUCAUUUGGCCAACUAAUAAAGCGCUUGCGAGAAAUCCUGUGUCCUGGAGUAAUUCGAACAGCGGGGAACGUAACAUUUGGAGGCCCCAGCGAGAUCUCCCUUUGUGGAGCAGAAGGACCAGGAACCGAGAGGCCAGCUCGCUCGGAGUUGGUCAUUACAGGCACUGCAAGUCAUCAGAGAGGAGGUUCGCCGCCUGCGGGAGGAGAAACAGGCCACGACUGAGGCAGAUAGCGCGAACGAACUGAGGACAUUAAACCCUGGACAAUGGGUAUGGAUCCUGAACCACCGGCGAGGAAACCUUGAACCCCAGUGGAUUGGGCCAUUCCAGGUACUGCUGAGCACCCCAUCGGCUAUUCGAGUAGCCGAAAAACCCUACUGGAUACACAUAUCCCACGUGAAACUCGCGCAGGAUCCUGGGGAAAAGAAACCAUGGAGGGUCCGGCAAGACCCAGAAAAACCCUUAAGACUCUCUUUUUCCCGCUCUUAAUACUGACUGGACUAUCGAAGGAGAUAAACGGGUAUGAACCCCGCGAGUGGGUGUUAAUACGAACAAAAGAUAGAACUGUUAUUGCAAAGAAUCAAGCUUGGGGGGAGAGGAUUGUUUCCUUUAGGGUAGAUUUCUCUAAAUUCUUUGAUGACAAAUUUUGUGACUCCCCAGCAGCAUGGAGACAUACUGAUUCCGUGGAGGGCCCCCUCCAGGACAAUCUCCCCUCUGCCUAUACAAUAGGCCUAACUGAUUGUGACCCCAACACCAAGAAUAGGGCUUUAUGGUACACCCCUUACUAUGCCUGCCCUGAGCCACCCCCGGGGAGGAGGCGGACCUGCGGAUCCUAUACAGACUUCUAUUGUAAAGCUUGGGGUUGCGAGACCCUCACGGACGGGGGUUGGAAUCCAGGCGGGGGCAAAGACCCCCAUAUAGCCUUGAUCCGCAACAAAACUAUGAAGCCCAGCUCUGGGUGGAAUAACGCCUGUGCCCUAGACAAUUGCAACCCAGUUGUAGUCACGGUCCUGAAACCCCAGGACCCUGAAUGGACGAAGGGCCGAACCUGGGGUAUCCGGCUCUACGUAUCAGGGACAGACCCGGGAACCUUUUUUACUAUUCGCAGAAUACCCUUAGUGAAUCGACCCUUGCUAAGAGGCAUAGGGGGAGGGCUACACCUGCCCGCCCGGCCUGUUCCUACAGGCACGGCAUCCCCCGAAGAAAGUUCCACCUUGAGAGAUUCUGGGAAUAGCACAGGAAAUAGGACUGACUACAAUAGUCUCCUGGGGCCUAGUGAGGGAUGGAACCAGUCAAAAACCGGACAAACCCUGGCCUAAGGAACAGAGAAAGCCGCCUGAGCAGGAAGCAAAUGCCUUAGACCUCCUCAAUAGGUUUUUCCCCUAUUUAAACAAUACCCAGCCCGGUCUGACAGAGUCGUGCUGGCUAUGUCUCAGUCCCCGUCCACCCUUUUAUAUUGGGGUAGGGGCAAAUACCACAGAAAAUUCCUCAAAGCCCAUCAAAGUGACCAAGGAUAAUUAUCAGUAUCAUAUGCCAGAGUGUCACCAGGAGACCGCUUUAAAAUUAGCAGAUUUUCAUGGAAAAGGGACAUGCUAUCUCUUGGCCAAUUUCUCAUCCUCAUUAUAUGAAAAUUAUUGUACCAGUUAUGUGUAUAUGCAGGAACAGACCCCCAUACAAGACGGGGAACCCGAAGUUUUGAAAGCUCAGGAGGGACUAUGGUUUGCCUGUACAAGGGGAGUCAUGAAGUGCAUAGCCCCCAUAAACCCUGAUAUUUGUGUCAGCGCAUACAUCAUCCCUCAAGUCUACCUAUACGGGGGAGAUUCCAACUUCUUGCUACAACCUUCCCCUCGAAUUAAGAGGGUCCCUCUGCUCGUUCCCGUCGUAGCCACAAUUGGGAUAGUAGGCUCCGCUGCCCUAGGGGCAGGUGCCCUUGUGCAGGGAGAAUUGAGCCUGAGGCAGCUAUCGCAGACCUUCUCCAAGGAUGUGUCCCUGCUACAGAAGCAAGUGAUAUAUCUAGAGAAGCAAGUAGACUCACUGGCAGAGGUGGCCCUCCAAAAUAGGCGAGGGUUAGACCUUCUGUUUUUGAAGCAAGGGGGACUAUGUGCCGCAUUAGGAGAAGAAUGUUGUUUUUAUGCAAACCACUCUGGAGUAAUAAGGGAAAAUAUCAAAAUCUUAACCCGUAGGUUAGAAGAAAGAGAUAGUGAAGAGAGUGACUCCUCCUGGUAUGCCUCCAUGUUUAAAGCCUCACCUUGGUUGACUACCUUGGUUUCAGCGUUAGCAGGACCGAUUCUAAUCCUCCUGCUGAUCCUGUUGUUUGGUCCUCUAAUCCUGAAUAAGCUAGUGGCAUUUGUGCGAAUCCGAAUUGAGGUUGUUAAACUAAUGGUAUUAUCCCAACCCUAUACUCUGCUGGCCGCAGAAGACACUGAGUCAAGGGUUUGACAAGGUAUGAACAAGAAAAGGGGGGAAUGAGGGGGCCGUGAGAGCAGGGUCAAAGCUGAGGAUAAGGGAGGAACAAAUACCAAGAAAAACAUAUCAGGGUGCGGCCCCAUGCAGCUGGGCCAGAGUCGACAAGAAUGAGGAGGAGGCAUGGGGCAACAGUUGAGCCUUGCCUCAGAUAAACAUCCUGCCCAGAGAAAGACAGAAAAGGGGGGCCCAGUAACAGCCUUGAACCCACUCAGCAGAAAAGAAGCUGCCUAAAGUAGCCUAUCGCUAACUGCCACUUCUCGCCCUUGUAUCCUGCUUGCUUGCUCCGCUUGUGUAUAAAAACCCUAGUGCCUUAGCAGCGGCGCAGCCCUUCGUAGGUGGAGGGUCUGCCCCUGCGCAGGUUCAUU